AGUCUCCUGAUUCUGUUUGACAUGUCUCGUCGAGCUGAGCGUGGAGAGACCGACUUGUCCCGUCCAUUGGAGAGGAGGUCUAGGCCCUAUGAUGAGGAAGGUCGCAGGUCAGACUACCGGAGACCCCUGAUGCCCCCUCCGGGUAACGACCCUAGAGGCCCCAGAGGCCUCCCUCAGCGUAGGAGAGGCAUUGCCAUCGACAGAGCCCAGACAUGUCCUUUCCUCCUUCGAGUCUUCUAUCGUAUGGGGUCUCAUCACAAUGACAGCGACUUUGCCAAACUUGGAGAACUGCCGGUUGACGAGGAGCUUCAGGUCUACACCUGGCCAGAUGCCUCCCUCAGGGAGAUCUCUGAUUUGAUUGAAGAUAUUCUGCCCGAGUCGCGUGGCCGUACGAAGAAGCUCAGCUUCAAGCUCAUCUAUCCGGAUAGGAGUGGCCGCUUUGUGAUGGCCAGGAUCGGGGAGGUUUUCAACAGCCAUGAAGCGUUCCCUGAUAGCCGUACAUUAGCCGAAGUGAAGUUCCAGCCGGGAGACUUCCUCGAUGUGGCGAUACUCGACAACGAGAAGCUUACAGCCCCUCUUCCCGAGAGGCCCUCUAGGGGUCCUCGGAACCGUGGCGUGACCGGAGAAGUAAUCGAGAAUAAAGAAGAUGACAAGAAGGGAGAGGAGUGAUGCUACAGUGAUGAUAGGACGAACCAGUUUUGACCGUUAUACGUAAGAGGUCUCAUAC